ACUCGGCCUGCGCUGCCCUGGUUUGACCCCGGCGGUAGCAGCGAUAACUAUAGAUGUUUCCGAGUGCCGAAUCUAUAGAUCAGGAAAGCUGCUUUAAAGGCAGCUGGAAUCGUUAACGGUCUGGGGGAGAAACUGAGGCACGGAGCGAGGUGGCGAAGGCAGCACAGCUCUCUGCGCCCCGGGCCAGGGCUUUCUCCCUCGCUGGGUGCACAGUAAACAAGUCUGUUUUGGACGCAGCUGCCUCGGAGACCGUGGAGCGAAUCCAGCUGAGGUUUAGCACUGAGCAGUCGGAGUGACCUGUCUGUGACACCGGUGGGAACCCAGCUGCAGAGCACCAGGUCUGAGCACCAGCUGGGUCUGUGGGACACGCAGCUCUGUCUCGGCCGCCCCGGUGCAGCGUAGUGCAACCCCUCCCCGCCGCGGUGAUGCCGAUCCUCAAGCAACUCGUCUCCAACUCUGCCCACUCCAAGCGUCGCUCACGGGCUGACCUGACGGCUGAGAUGAUCAGCGCGCCGCUGGGGGAUUUCCGCCACACCAUGCACGUGGGGCGGGCAGGGGAUGCCUUUGGGGACACCUCCUUCCUCACCAGCAAGGCAGGGGAACCGGGGCCAGAGCUGGGUGAGGAGCCGGGAGCCUCCAAACCCAGCCUGCUCUCCCGCCGCUUCCGCAGCAGCAAGCGCUCGCAGUCGGUGACACGAGGUGACCGGCGGGACAUGCUCGGUUCGCUGCGGGACUCGGCACUCUUCGUGAAGAAUGCCGUCUCCCUGCCCCAGCUCAACGAGAAGGAGGUGGACAGGAGCGCGGGGCAGCUGCCCAAGAGCCUCUCCUCCAGCCCCGUCAAGAAGCUGCCGGAGGAGGUGAGCCCCGAAGAGCAGCAGCGCCCCAACGGAGCAGCUGCUGGGCCGCUGAGCCCCAGCUUGGAUGAGCGCGACUUCGGGGACAUCACGGAUCUGCCCGUCAUGGUGGCCAAGAGCGGGGCAGGCAUGAAGCAUGCUGAGUCCAUCAUGUCCUUCCACAUCGACCUGGGCCCCUCCAUGCUCGGGGAUGUCCUGAGCAUCAUGGAUAAGGAGCAGUGGGAGCAGGAUGAAGACCCCGAGGCAGAGGAGAGCUGUGAGGAGGAGGCGGAUGCCACCCUCCCUGGCUCCCCGGCAGUGGCAGCAGCCCUGCCAAGCCAGAGCCCAUCCCGCGGUGCUGGUGGCCGCUGUCCCAGGGACAGUAGUUCAGUGUCCAGCUGCACCUCGGGGCCAGAGGAGCACAGCCUUGUCCCCGGGCCACCGAGCCAGCGGGGGGGGGGGCCCAAAACGCCCUGACAAGGAGUUCUCGUUUGCCGAUGAAGAUGAUGACGAGAUCAGAGUAUAAAAGGCGAGCGGCUGAGCCAAGGGGUCUGGUUCUCAUUUGUGGUUUCUUGGACAUGGAGCCGAAUACCCCAGUGCUACAACGGGUGGCACCAGGGAAGACUCAACUCCUCACUCGUUCCCUCUCCCCAUCCGAAGGUGGACGUGCCGUGGCAGGACAGCGCUCUGCUCCCGGGGCUGGGGGCAGCCCCAACGCCUUUCGGCCCCUGGAGAGCUCCAGCACGUCCCAGGAGGGGAAAGCAGACUCUAUUUUGGUUCUUUCUGUUGGACUUUGGAUAUUAGCUCUUCCCACCCACCCAUGUAAAGCAAUAUAGGAUCAAACAAGACGAGGCUUCAAAGUUUUAGCCCCUUUAGUAAUAUAUUUUUUUCCCCACCGUCUGGUUUUUAUUGCUCUCUGAUUUGUACUUAACUUUCUUUACUCUUGCUUUUGGUUUUAAUGGAGGGGAGUUUCCCAUGAGGAAGGACUUGGCUCUAGAGCUCAGAGGGGGCUUGGGGCUGUGGGCAGCUCCAGCUCCCCACAUUUCUUGGGGACUUUCUGCAGACCAAGCGCCUCCAGCCCCAUGCUGUGCUGGGCACUCGCUCCUCAUCCCUCGGAUGGAUGGAUGGAGCUAUCCCAGAUGCUUGAUCCAGCAUCCUGGGGUCACAGGGAUGGCCCCUGGCCAGCUCCCAGGGAUGCUGGUGGGAGCGUGGGUCUGUUCCCAGUGGGAGGAACACCUGGAACUCCCUGUGAGCCAGGGUGAGCCCUGGCAUCCUGCGUGCCAGGCGGCUGCUGUUGUGGGGCCGGUCUGGCCAUGCAGUGCUGAGGCUGGCCUGGUGCAGGCGGGUGGAAGAGGAGGGUUUUAUACCAUGUAUGUACAAAUGCAAAGAAUAAAAGGAAACGGUAGUGACA